AUGCAGGUAUCCAAAAGCCUCAUCCUCACUCUUCUCAUCUUCCUCUUCCCAGCCAGCGGCGACGGCUUCCCCUUCACAAGCUUCGUAUUCACAAACUUUAACCAAAGCAAUAUCAAAGAUUUCUUCUUGUCCAGGGGUACUGGUGCAAGCGGGGCAUUACAGCUCACCCAAGACACCGCUAACCCUGCUCAGAUUACCAUGGUGAACAACUCUGGCCGCAUAAUCUACAACAAACCAUUCAAUCUCUGGCAGCCAUUGAACUCCACAACAAACAAGACAGCUUACUUCUCCACGUCAUUCCUCAUGAACAUAGCCAAUAUGACCCUUUCUCCCGGCGAAGGCAUGGCUUUUGUUAUUCUACCAUCUCUUGAUGAGCCUCCUCUGGCUAGCUUCGGUGGCUACCUUGGCCUCACCAACGAAACUCUGGAUGGUAAACCCUCUAACCAGAUAAUAGCCGUGGAGUUCGACACUGUCAAACAAGAGGCUAAUAAUGAUCCAGAUGACAACCAUGUUGGUCUGAAUAUCAACAGUGUCAAGUCCGUUGCCACCGAGCCACUGUCAACAAUUGCCAUUAAUAUCUCAUCUUUUCCGGCGAAAAACUACACCGUCUGGAUCGACUAUGAUGGUUUUGCUCAUAAGAUCAACGUGUCCAUGGCCGUCGAUGGUGAGAAUAAGCCCAGCGUGCCAGUCCUUAGUAAAGAUCUUGAUAUCAGUUUAUUCGUUGCUCCAAAGUCAUAUUUUGGUUUCACUGCCUCAACCAGCACCAACGUUGAGCUUAAUUGUGUCCUCAAAUGGAACCUCAGUGUUGAGGCUCUACCUGAAGAUGAUAACAAUGAUGGCAUAGCCGCCUGGCUGUUGGUUGUGAUCAUUGUAGCAUCAAUUGCAGUGGUUGCGGUUGUUGGAUACUUCUUACUGUAUAAAAUGCGCAUGAAGAAAAGGGACCCGGUUAUGCUAAUGAGUACUCUCAAAAGGUUGCCAGGAACUCCAAAAGAGUUCAAGUUCAAAGAGCUGAAGAAAGCUACCAAGAACUUUGAUGAGAAAAUGAGGCUAGGACAGGGAGGCUUUGGGGUUGUCUACAAGGGUGUGCUCCCAGAGGAUAACACAGAGGUAAUCGUGAAGAAAUUCUCUAGAGACAGCACCAAGUGUGAGGACGAUUUCCUCUCCGAGCUCGUCAUCAUCAACAAGCUACGUCACAAGCAUUUGGUCAAGCUCGUUGGUAAAUGGUGCCACGAGAACGGAGUACUCCUCUUGGUGUAUGAAUACAUGCCUAAUGGAAGCUUAAACAUGCACUUGUUUGGAGGUCCAGUGCUGAAUUGGAGUCUGAGGUACAACAUCAUCGCUGGCGUGGCUUCCGCGUUGCACUACCUGCACAACGAGUACGACAAAAGGGUCGUGCACAGAGACCUCAAGGCCUCGAACAUCAUGCUAGACGCUGCAUUCAACGCACGUCUCGGUGACUUAGGCCUGGCGCGUGCUCUCGAGACAGACAAGACCUCCUACGCUGAGCUGGAGCACCUCGGCGUGCCCGGCACCAUGGGUUACAUUGCCCCCGAAUGCUUCCACACCGGGAAGGCCACGCGUGAGUCCGAUGUAUACGCGUUCGGUGCUGUCAUUCUGGAGACCGUGUGCGGUCGUCGUCCACGCUGCGAUGUUUCUGGGUUUCAAUCCCUGGUUGACUGGGUAUGGAAGCUGCACAGGGAGGGGAGGAUGGACUCGGUAGACGUGAGGCUGGCCGGUCAGUACGACCACGAGGAUGCUAGGAGGCUGCUGCAGUUGGGGCUGGCUUGUAGCCACCCGGCGCCGGUGGAGAGACCAAAAGCAGAGGUUGUGGUGCAGAUCAUUGGUGGAGCAGUGGCGCCGCCUUUGGUGCCUCAGUUCAAGCCGGCGUUCAUGUGGCCGGCAGCCGUGAACUUCAAUUUAAUGUUUCAAAACAACAUCAUGGACUUUGCAGUUAGUGUUGGCAACAGUGAGAGGGAUAAGCUGGGCACCAGGUUGAUACCGGUUAUGUCACAGCUCAUCAACAAGGCCAGAGAUGUUGUGGUGGAGGAGAGUCUCUUGAUUUGCCAUCAUUAUUUCACAUUGUUCAUUGUGACCCAGUAG